AGAGAGAGAGAGAGAGAGAGAGUCAUUUGAUUGCUGAUUGACACUAACAACUCCAGAGCAUGGUGUCUUGUUGGGCUGCUACAGGGAGAAGCCAGAUCGAGAAUUUCCUGUGUCAGGUUUUUCUCGAUAAGAGUAAAUUAUCCAAGCCUCAAGAAAUCAUCUCUGGGCAAGAAGACCUCCUCCUGAAGCCUCAGAUACUGUAGCCAAUGCCACAGCUGUGUCUCCAGUCUGCUUUUUUUCUAGGCUUUUUUUUUUUUUUUUCCCCAACAAGGCUCUCUCUCUCUCCUUGAUCCAGGGGUCUUUCACCUAAAUAGACUGAACUUCUAACCUGACAGCACCUCUUCAGUUUUCUUUCCCUCCAGUGGUGCUAUCCCCUUGCUUUUGUAUCUUCUCACAUGCCUGAAUUGUUCUAUUCAGGAGAAUUGGUCUUAGUCUUCUUUCACCUCACUCACCCGCUGCCAACAGGAUCUACUUUUUCCGGGCGAUCCAGUCCAUUGCUAGAAUCUAAACCCUUACGCUCUGAGGCUGCUGGGCACUGGAAAUUUGGAAAGUGGGCCGCAUUUAUAUAAUAUGCCCAAAGCAGUGGCACGAUGAAGGAGAAAUCCAAGAAUGCGGCCAAGACAAGGAGAGAAAAAGAAAAUGGAGAAUUUUAUGAACUGGCCAAAUUGCUACCCCUUCCUUCGGCCAUCACCUCUCAGCUAGACAAGGCAUCCAUCAUUCGGCUCACCACCAGCUACCUAAAAAUGCGAGCGGUCUUUCCAGAAGGUUUAGGAGAUGCUUGGGGACAGACAAGUCAGAUUGGACCACUGGACAAUGUGGCUAAAGAAUUAGGAUCUCACUUGCUGCAGACCUUGGAUGGAUUUGUUUUUGUGGUAGCAUCUGAUGGCAAAAUAAUGUAUAUAUCUGAAACAGCCUCUGUACACCUAGGCUUAUCUCAGGUGGAACUCACUGGCAAUAGUAUUUAUGAGUACAUCCAUCCUUCUGACCAUGAUGAGAUGACAGCUGUUCUUGCUGCUCACCAGCCUCUUCAUCAUCAUCUCUUACAAGAGUAUGAAAUAGAGAGGUCAUUUUUCCUUCGGAUGAAGUGUGUCUUGGCAAAGAGGAAUGCUGGAUUAACAUGCAGUGGCUAUAAGGUCAUUCACUGCAGUGGCUAUUUGAAGAUAAGGCAAUAUAUGUUGGACAUGUCCUUGUAUGACUCCUGUUACCAAAUUGUGGGGUUGGUAGCUGUUGGUCAGUCUUUGCCUCCCAGUGCAAUCACAGAGAUCAAACUUCAUAGUAAUAUGUUCAUGUUUAGGGCAAGUUUGGACCUAAAGUUAAUAUUUCUGGAUUCCAGGGUGACUGAACUAACUGGCUAUGAACCACAGGAUUUGAUAGAGAAAACUCUCUACCAUCACGUCCAUGGCUGUGAUAUGUUCUAUUUACGUUAUGCUCAUCAUCUACUGUUGGUGAAAGGUCAAGUCACAACCAAAUACUACCGAUUACUUUCCAAGCAUGGAGGCUGGGUCUGGGUUCAGAGUUAUGCUACCAUUGUGCACAACAGUCGUUCUUCAAGACCUCACUGCAUAGUGAGUGUCAAUUAUGUUCUCACAGAUAUCGAAUACAAGGAAAUACAGUUGUCACUGGAUCAAGUCACCUCUUCCAAGUCCCAGUAUUCCUGUAGGACUUCAAUGUCUACCUCACAAGAACCUAGGAAAAUAGCAAAAUACAAAAGUAACAAGAUGAAGACAAAAGUCAGAACAAACCCCUAUCUACCACAGCAAUACGACUCUUUCCAAAUGGACAAAUCAGAAUGUGGCCAGGUUGGAAACUGGAGAGCAAGUUCUGCAACAAAUCCUACAAAUACUCAAGAACAAAACUUUUACUCAGAAAACAGUGAACUUUUAUAUGCCCCCUCAUAUAGCUUGCCUUUUUCUUACCAUUAUGGACCCUUUCCUAUAGAUUCUCAUGUAUUCAGGAGCAAAAGACAAAUGCUAUCUUCAAAAUUUGGACAGUCUCAAGGGUCCCCAUGUGAGGUGGCACAUUUUUUCUUAAGCACAUUACAAACCAGUGGAGAGUGCCAGUGGCAUUAUACCAAUCCCUUAGUACCUAACAGCCAGUCUCCAGCUAAAAAUCAUCCCGACCAGCCAAUGAACAUUACACGGCACAACCUGGCACCCAAUUAUGAAGUGCCCAUAUCAGCCCAAAGAUAUAAUGAAGACAUCAUAUCUGAUAACUUUGCAAGCUGUGCCGCAGCCAUCCCUAACAGCCAGCAGAAGGAUGUUUAUGAUUCUAGCAUCUUGAAAUCCAACAAAGUAGAAAGCAGGAUACAUCCUCCCCACCAUCUCAUCAAGGAAGAAAACAAGUUAACUUUCAACGGGGAUAUACCUGAAAAAAUGAAUGCACAUGAAAAGCCCUCCUUGAACUUUGUGCCAAAUUCCCUAUUACCUAAAUCAGAAUGUUUCCAACCCAAAACUCUUGGACAGCUAAGCCAUCUUUUACCAGUGCCAGCUUUAUAUGAACAAACAAGGAUAUACAUGAAGGAACCUAAAUAUGGGCCCAUUGGACACCACACCCCUCAUUCAGAUCAGCUAGAUGGCAAUAAUAUAAUGAUGGCAAAGGUAAACCAUGACUCUGAGAGUGAACACACGAUGGAGAUGCAGCCCACAGGACAAGUUCCCUUUGUACUUCUAAACUACCACCACCUGUUAUCCAAACACGGGACAUUUCAGCCUUCAUCAUGCGCAGCAACCAGACAUGUGGCUGAAAAUUAUGGAUCUAGUUCAGAAGAGGUAAACACAUUUAUUUCAAAAAACCCAAGUCUGUCCUCAAUCUCACCCCCAGAAACCCACAGGGAAACUGAGUUAUGCCAUUAUAUUGGAACUUCUGUAAUAAUCAAUUCAAGGUGACAAUAAUAGAAACUGGCCUCUUAAUUAAAACCCAACAAACUGGAAGCAUUUCCAAAAAAAAAAAAGCACAAGACAACAUGGUUACACUUAUCAAGCAGAGCAGGAAGGUCAAUGAGGGACAAACUGGCAUGUGUUCUUGGCAAACCAUGUGUAACAGUACCUUGAAGGUCAGAGAAAAACACUGAAGAUUCAGUGUAGCGUUACUAUGUUCUGAUCUCUGGUGCAGAAUGCUAAUGAGAUGCCAUAUGCCAGAUCUCAUUAUUUUAGAAAGUUAUACAGAUUUAAGAGGCAAGGACUAAGUAUGCAUAGAUUUAAAUCAUCUUAUACAGAGAUAAUUAUUUUGAUUCAAAAAAAUAUAUUUUAGAUUUUUAACCAUCAAAAUCCCAUAAACUAUAAGUGUGAAGAACUGUAAAAAUACUGUGCUGGAUAUUCAGAAAAAUGUUCAAAUUGAAGGCAUUUUGCUUCUUUUCUCCUUCUCAUUGAUCAAACCAAAAGAACAAAAUAGUUUGUUAGAUAGCCCUGGUUUUAUUUUAAAACAGAUAACUACCCCGAAGUAUUACUCUAAAAAUCUCAAAUCAUUCUACAUUGAUGGACCAAGUCCAUGGCCUUAGUUUAUUUUUAAAAUGAGGGCAUUGUUCUAGAAGACCUCGUGUUCUUUCCAGCUUUAAAUAUAAAACUUAUCCUCAGAAAUCAAGCUUUAGCCUCCUAAUUUUCGAGUACACUGACAAUCAGUGGCCAAUAUUGAAGAAAUGUUUGUACCAGUGAUUAAAAAAAUUCAAAAGUAUUUUCUUUUAAAACAGCCUGAUCAAAAUCAAAGUCCUAAUUUGUCCAGAGGGUGACAACUAGAUCUGUGAUUUCAUAGGUAGAGGGGACUCCCAGCUGAGAGAGAUUUUUUGCAACUUCUAGUUUUAGAGAUGAGCACUGAGAGAGUCAUAAAGCCAAUGUCAAGGACAGGAUAUGAACCAGAUUUUCUGGGUGUCAAGGCUGUUUCUCUAACUACUAUCCCAUGCUACCUUUCAUGGGAUACAUAUCCCUAGAAGAAGCAGAACGUGGUUUAAAUAGACAAAGAAAAAGACAAUUUCAUGGUUCUAGGAGUAUGCAUUAGUCUCAUAAAAGGACAUAAAAAUAUAUAGGUCGUUUCUUAUCUGGUGCAAAUAUUUUUAUCAAGACAACAUAAUUCCACUUUGUUUUUAUGAAUAUGAACAUGAGGCUCUUAUUUCCUUUCAAAUCUCAAUAAUCCAUGAAUUUCUAGUAACACAGGAAAUCAAAAUCAAAAAAUAGUUUGAGAAGAACGUAUAGUUGUCCUGUGAUGGGCAAAAAUCUACUAGCCCAUUCAAGUUUAAAUACAUGACAAAAGAUUCUGAAUUUGGCAUGCAGAAAUUCAUAGUCAUUCACAAUUAGUUCAAGUAACCCUAAUAAAAUUGAAUUGCAUGUGUAAUGUGGAAAAUUAUCAAUUAACCACUCACUUUGUUCAAUAAAAAUUUAAAGAGAUGUAAUAAAAAUUAUAUAUACAUUUUCUUACUUGCUUUUUAUACAUAGCAAGUGAAAAUAUAUUCAUCUUGGAAUACACAAACACUUAAAUACAUGAUAAACAAAUAUUUUUUAAAGAAAAAAACCAGAAGUUUCAAAAUAAACACACACAUAUGUCUUUUUAUAUACAUAUAUAUGUUGCUUAAAGGCUAACCAUUUAUUUCAGCAGUGGUUUAAAUAUUUCACUUGAUCAAAGUUCUCCCAUGUCCACUCUUGUAUACUUUGUCCAAGUGCUCCAAAUUUCUAACACCGUUUCAUUUUUUGUCUUUACAAAAUGGCUUACU